CCAGAUGCCACCACCAGCACAUUUCCUCUGGCACCGAAGUAUCUAACUGUCGUUUUUCCUUUUUUUAAAAAAAUCUUCCUGGAUUGGCAUUGCCCCAAAAUAGCACAAAUAAAAAAAUCUUCUUUCCGUCUUUCAUGUGAAGAAUGGGCUGCGCAAUAUCAGGUCUCGCAGCAAAAUCAGAGUUUGCAGAGAAGACUUCAGAGGAUGCUGCUGCCCCCGCGUAUCCCAGCGAGGACCAGAUUCAGAUGAUUAAAGACUCGUGGAAAGUUAUCCGGGACGAUAUAGCCAAAGUUGGGAUUAUUAUGUUCGUCAGGUUGUUUGAGACCCAUCCUGAAUGCAAGGACGUCUUUUUCCUCUUCCGAGAUGUGGAGGACCUGGAGAGGUUGCGGACCAGCCGAGAACUCAGGGCGCACGGCCUGCGGGUGAUGUCUUUUAUUGAAAAAAGUGUGGCUAGACUGGACCAGCUGGACAGACUGGAGGCUCUGGCUCUGGAGCUGGGGAAAAGCCAUUAUCAUUACAACGCCCCGCCUAAGUACUACAGCUAUGUUGGAGCAGAAUUCAUCUGCGCCGUGCAGCCCAUCUUGAAGGAGAGGUGGACGGCCGAGCUGGAGGAGGCGUGGAAGACCAUGUUCCAGUUUGUGACCAGCCUCAUGAACCAGGGAUACCAGGAAGAGAGCGCCCGGCAGCGCCAGCUCGCGCUAUCCCCGAAGGAAAGGCCGGACAAGAGAAACACAGCGCUAUGAGACAGCACUUCUUUUAACCGCCACACA